AUGCCUACGCAAGAACUUGCAAUACCGCAGCCGCCAGCCACUGAAAACGAGGAGAACAAUGUUCCCUCGUCACAACCGAUUGUGGGCAUUAUUUAUCCACCACCUGAGGUUAGGAAUAUUGUUGACAAAACCGCCAGCUUCGUGGCCAGGAAUGGGCCGGAAUUCGAAUCCAGGAUCAGACAGAAUGAAUUAGGCAAUCCAAAAUUCAAUUUCUUAAACUUCGGUGAUCCUUAUCACGCUUACUAUCAGCACAAAGUGAAAGAGUUUAAGGAAGGAAAAGGUCAGGAACCUACGAUUGGUUCAGUUCCUGGAAAAACUAUCAAUCUCACUGCACAUCAAAAGCAGCAGGAAAUCUUAAAACAAGUCGAACAACCGUUUAUACCUAAGGAUCCACCAACUGAGUUUGAAUUUAUUGCAGAUCCUCCUUCUAUAUCUGCUUUGGAUCUAGACAUUGUGAAGCUAACUGCUCAAUUUGUUGCACGUAAUGGAAGACAGUUUCUGACCAAUUUAAUGAAUCGCGAGCAAAGAAAUUUCCAGUUUGAUUUCCUGCGGCCUCAACAUUCCUUAUUUCAGUACUUUACUAAACUUUUAGAGCAGUACACCAAGGUAUUGAUUCCACCGAAAGAUUUGUUGCCACGUCUCAAGGAUGAAGCACUCAAUAUGGAUAAGAUUUUGGAGCAGGUGAAAUACCGUGCCGAAUAUUUAAAAUAUCAGGAGGCACAAAGACGUAAGGAGGAAGAGGAAUUAGAAAGAGAAAGAGUGGCUUAUGCGCAAAUUGACUGGCAUGAUUUUGUUGUGGUUGAAACUGUAGACUAUCAACAAUUUGAAGUCGGUAAUUUCCCAGCGCCUACAACACCGGAUGAAGUCGGCGCACGCGUCCUUAUGCAGGAGCGCAUAGAAGACGGUGAGGAUGUGGAGAUGCAGAUUGAUAGUGACGCAGAAGAGGACACGCAGACCCGUGUAGAAAGCGAAAAAGAUCGUGCAAAAGAUAAUAAUCAAGUACAAGAUAUGGAGGAAGAUUCUAGUGAUGAGGAUGAUGUGUCUCCACCAGGUGAUACUCAUAAAUCUAAAGAACCCAAACCACGAGAAACAAACAUGCAACCGCCUCCGUUACCGCCGACACCAGGAAACGUGGUAGUCAAGAAAGGAUAUGAUCCGAAACAACAUGCGACUAAAACUACUCGUCCCGCGGCUCCGGAUGAGUACUUGAUUUCGCCUAUUACUGGCGAACGUAUUCCUGCUAGUAAGGUGCAAGAACAUAUGCGUAUCGGAUUGUUGGAUCCACGCUGGGUCGAGCAGAGAGACAAACAUCUAGAUAAACUGGCACAGGAGACCGUAUUCGCACCAGGCACAGCAAUCGAGGCAAGUCUCAAACAACUCGCCGAGAGACGUACUGAUAUUUUCGGUGUUGGUGACGAAGAAACUGCGAUUGGAAAGAAAAUCGGUGAAGAAGACAAAAAGAAGGAUGAUAAAGUCACAUGGGACGGUCAUACUUCGAGUGUGGAAGCGGCGACGAGAGCUGCGCGAGCUAACAUUACAUUGGAAGAACAGAUUCAUCAAAUUCAUAAAGUUAAAGGUCUUCUGCCUGACGAGGAGAAAGAGAAGAUUGGUCCGAAACCGGUUAAUCGUGCAACCGAACUCUCCCACAUGGCUGCUGCUGCUUCGAAACCUCAAGCUACAUUGAAAGCACCUCCAAAGCCACCUGCACCGAAGCCUAUACCAGUACCUGCUCAACCUCCUCCACCGCCGACAAUGAGUAUGCCUACUAUGGGUAUACCUCAACCGAUGAUGCCGCAACCACCGAUGAUGAUGAUGGCACCUAUGCCACCUAUGGCACCCAGACCACCACCUUUAAUGACUCCAGCAAUGUCACCAUUCAUGCCAACGCCACCGCCAAUACAGCCGCCGAUGACAUCUGCUAUUGGGUUAAAACAUCCUGCUAAUAAACCGUUGGAAGAAGAGCCACAGACUAAGAAAUUGAGAACCGAGGACUCAUUAAUUCCGGAGCAACAAUUCCUUGCUAGAAAUAAGGAUCCUGUACAAAUUAACAUUGCUGUACCUAUGAUGACGGAGAAGGCUGAAUGGAAAUUAAACGGACAGACAUUGAAUAUUACCUUACAAAUAAGCGAUACUGUAGCGACUAUGAAAGCACUUAUUCACGAGCAAAUUGGUAUGCCACCUGGAAAGCAAAAGUUGCAAUAUGAGGGAAUGUUCUUCAAAGACAACAAUACUCUUGCGUAUUAUAACUUAACUUCAGGUAAUGUAAUCAAUCUGUUGCCAAAGGAGAGAGGUGGUAGGAAAAAGUAAAGGAGAAUAUAUAAAAAGGUGAC